UGGCACUCGCCUCGGUACAGAUCGUCACCCUCAUCUCCUGCUAUUUUGUAAAAAGUAAAUAUAAAUAUCACAAAUAUCUACGAAGGGAAAAGUUGCAAGAGAACUCUCCGCGAAGAACGUCUUCAAUUGGUCGUCCCCGUCUCUGAUUGAGAGUUUGAUUAGGUUGAGGAUGAGUUCUUUAGAUGUAGCUAGAGCGGAACUUGCCUUUGCAGUUCUGUAUCUGAAUAAGGCUGAGGCCAGGGACAAGAUAUGCAGGGCCAUUCAAUAUGGUUCAAAAUUCUUGAGUGAUGGAGAGCCUGGUACAGCCCAGAAUGUUGACAAAACGACCAGCUUGGCACGAAAAGUAUUUCGUCUUUUCAAGUUUGUCAAUGAUCUGCACGGUCUUAUCAGUCCUGUUCCUGAAGGGACACCUCUUUCUCUUGUAUUGCUUGGGAAGUCCAAAAAUGCGUUAUUAGCGACGUUCUUGUUCCUUGAUCAAUUCGUAUGGCUUGGUAGAACUGGCAUCUACAAGGACAAAGAACGCGCUGAUCUACUUGGGCGGAUAUCACUCUUCUGUUGGAUGGGUGCCUCAACAUGCACUACCUUGGUUGAGCUCGGGGAGAUAGGGAGAUUGUCCGCAUCAAUGAAGAAGUUGGAGAAGAACCUAAAAGAUGGUGACAAGUAUCAAAAUGAGCAGUAUCGAGCUAAGCUUAAAAAAUCCAAUGAGAGGUCUCUGGCCCUGAUUAAGGCGUCCAUGGACAUCGUUGUUGCGGUAGGCCUGCUUCAGUUGGCCCCCAAGAAAGUUACUCCCCGUGUGACAGGAGCCUUGGGUUUUAUUAGCUCUCUUAUCUCAUGCUAUCAGUUACUUCCUUCACCACCCAAGUCGAAGGCAUCCUGAGGAGAGAAAGCUUAUUCUGAUCAUACAGCCUCUGUAUCACUUCGAUAACUGUCGAAGGCCUGUGCUUGAAUCUGCAGUAGUGUAUGGUUUAUGCUCCAGCUUGCUGUCUCUUAGGGUGAUGUUGAAACUCGCCCCAUUAUUUGUGCAUCUAUGCUUUAGAAAGUCAUCCGUCGAUCUCCAUGACAAAUAAUAUGCCUUGCUGUUGUCUUUGGUGUUGUUCAGUUGUCGUUGUCAGUUUCUAUAUGACAUCAUACAAUAGUUGCUUGAACACGUCUUUGUUCAACCUGUUUUAGGAGGUAUAAGCAGUUAGCUUGACUCGAUGCA